AUGAUGCUGAGCCUCUCCGCGUCCUCCUCCACCGCGAGCGCGACCUGCGCGGCGCGACGACGCACCGCGCGCUCGGCGUCCUCCUCGCUCCGAUGCCGCGCGUCCGCGUCCUCCCCGCCCGCGACGACGACGACGACGACGACGCCGACGAGAGAAGAGAUCAAGAUGCGGCUCCUGCGACUGAGCGCGCUCACCGAUCGAGGCCAGCUGCUGUUCCAGCAGGCGGCGUACGCGCCCCUGGACGAGUACAACCGCGAUCACAGGGACGAGAUCUUAGAGGCUGUGGACGCGCUCGUGAAGACGAGGACGCCGAACGCGUUCAUCUCCGCCGACCGCCCCGGGUGCCCGGUCGAGGACGUGAACCUGUUGAACGGCGAGUGGGAGUGCGUGCUCGCGACGAAGCAGCUGUUCCGCUCGUCCCCGUUCUUCAUGGCGAUCCAAGACGCGUUCGGGGACAACAUGUUCGGGGAUAAGAAAUCCAGCGAAGUGUUCUUCCGCCUGCACGAGCUGCAGGUGAAGUCCUGGGGCGCGUCCACGGUGGGACGCGUCGCGCAGAAGAUCGACGUCGCCGGCGGCGCCGGCGGCACGAUGGAGAGCUACUUCGACACGAUCCUCUUCGCGCUGACGGUGAUUCCCAUCCUGGGGUGGUUCAAACUCCUGCCGACGUUCGGCGGGAGGAUUAUAUCCUUCGCGGAGAAGGUGAACGUCGACGCGAGCACCGGGGAGGUGUCGUUGGAGCUCGUGAAGACGCGCGUGGAGGAGUGCAGAGGGAUACCGCGGCCGUGGCCCGUCUUGCUUCCGAACCUCUUGCUCGACCGCGACUACCCCGUCGGCGCGGUGUGGCGAUUGCUGCCGUGGAACAAAGGUCGAGCGCCGACCGCGAGCACGUUCGUGAGGUACGUGGACGAGGACUUUCGGAUCAUGGCGGACCGCGAUGGCGAGGUGUUCGUGUACUGCCGCGUGAAAUAA